UUAGAUGUAUAUUCUUCGUGGCUGUGCGGUGAGAAUUACACUCUCUGCACUCAAAUUGAAACAGAUAGAUAGCAUUAGACAUUAGAGAGAAAAGGAGGAGAAAUAUAUCGUAAUAGAGAAAGCGCAGCUAACAAAGAACUGACCUAUCGUGGCGGGCGUCUGCUAGGUCAGCUGUUGGCGUAACGUGGGUUGUUCAUUAAACUUGAAACGCUUUCAGAAGAAAAUUCCUUUCGCACGACACACCAUAUAUAUUACCUUAUUCGAUACGCCUAGUUUUUCUAUCAAGUCAGGACAUCGCAAAAAAAGUCAUCGCGAUCUCCAAGUUUUCCUCAGGCCUCUAGCGAUACUCUACAAUCGUGGAAAUAAUUAUUGCGCGUGUGUGUGUUCACGAAAAAUUAGAAGAAAAAAAUUCCACGUCGCCGAGAGAAGCGUAACUAGCUGUUCCGGGUUUUUUUUCCGCACGAAGAAAAACGUCAAGAAACGUCGCGAAUCUCGCGACCGCAAACUCCGACCGCCAGUGCUAACCACACGCACGUACGCACGUCGCCGGACGUGCGUGGCACGCGACUCGCAGGCGCGGCGUCGUGUGACGUCGACUGGUACACGAUCACGAAUUUCGAUCUUUCGUAUCCACCGACGCAAAAGGAAUAUUAUGCCGUCCUGGGUUAUGCGUUCUCUACCCAUCCGCGAUAGUUUAAGCGAAAGCUGUAUGGGAACAGCAUUGCAAAAGUAAGAAAAUGUCCAGGAAGCGUCCUAGAGAAGAAACUAUGCUGACUACUGUAUCGCAUCAGAACAACGUUAAUGGAGAAAGUGCAUCCUGCUCAAGGGAGGAUUCUCCAGUUCAUGCUUCUAUCUGUAAGGAAGCACCUUUCAGCGAUGAUUCAGAGGCUAUUAUAGAAAAUGCAUGUGAUUACAAUACAAGAAUCACAUUGAAACAAGCACGGAGUGGUAAAGCUCCUAGAAAAAUUAGAGUUUAUGCCGAUGGCAUUUAUGAUCUUUUCCAUCAAGGACAUGCACGGCAACUUUUACAAGCAAAAAAUAUUUUUACAAAUGUUUAUCUCAUUGUUGGAGUGUGUAAUGAUGAAUUGACACAUAGCAAAAAAGGAAGAACUGUAAUGACAGAUUUAGAAAGAUAUGAUGCUGUUAGGCAUUGCAGAUAUGUAGAUGAAGUUGUCCGAGAUGCACCCUGGGAACUUGAUGACGAAUUUAUUAAAAAACACAAGAUUGAUUUUGUUGCUCAUGAUGAUAUACCCUACAUGACAGAUGAUGUAUCAGAUGUGUAUGCUAAAUUAAAAGCUAAAGGCAUGUUUGUAGCCACACAGAGAACAGAAGGCGUUUCCACUUCGGAUAUAGUUGCAAGAAUAGUCAAAGAUUAUGACAUAUAUGUUAGAAGAAAUCUUGCACGAGGUUAUAGUGCAAAGGAACUCAAUGUUUCUUUUCUUAAUGAAAAAAAAUUUCGUCUACAAAAUAAAUUUGAUGAUUUGAAAGACAAAGGAAAACGAGUAAUGGAAAAUAUUGGUGAAAAACGAAUGGACAUGAUAAGUAAAUGGGAAGAGAAAUCUCGGGACUUUAUCGAUGCUUUUCUUUUGCUAUUUGGAAGAGAAGGCAGAUUGUCAACAAUUUGGAACGAAAGUAAAGGCCGUUUGAUGCAAGCAUUGUCUCCACCAGCAAGCCCAAAAAGAGAUGGCAGUCCAAAUAGCAGUAACAGCAGUCACAAUGAUGAAGAUCAAACAAGUCCACCACCAAACAAGACAGGACGCUAUGAGUUUUCACAUCAAAACAAUCAUUAUUUAAGCGAUGAUUAUAGUGAUGAUGAAGAGGAAAAUUUACACUCCAAAUGAUAACUGAUCACAUUAAAGAGGCAUAUAUAUUCUUUUUGACCAAAUAAUCGUGCAAUUUUUAUUUAUUACCUUGAAAGUUUAGAUGUAUUUUCAUACAAUUAUAUGAAUUGCUGAUACAGAGUGUAGUGCUAUGCUUGAUGGAUUUUGUAUGAUAUGAGCUGAUACUAUAUAUUAAACAUAUUGCCUGUUGUGAUGUGAAAGUUUAAUGUGAUUUUGCAGAUUUUAUUAUUUACAUCAUAAUAUACAUGAUGGCUUAGGUGAUAUAUGUAGACUGUUUAAAGUAAUGUAAUAUUCAAUGUUUUUUAUUGUUACUUUCGAAGACACUAUUACACUCAGUUCCUAUAUUCUUUAA